AUGCCAGAUGGUACAGGAGUGAAGACAGAAGAUGUUAAGGAUGUUGCAACAAUGAUGACGCCAACCUACAAUUCCCCAAUUCCACGACUCGAUCUUAAGUCAUCAAAUAUGGCUCUAGCCUGGAAAAAUUGGUAUGCACAAUUUCAAAUUUAUCUUCGUGCAUCAAGUCUAGAUUCCCAAUCAGAUCAGCGAAAAGUGGCUCUACUCCUCCACCACAUGGGUCCAGAUUCUCUGGAAGUCUUUUACUCAUUUAAUUUGGAUAUUGAUGCAGUUGAGUUCACUGAGCUUGUAGAGCUUGUAGCCAGAUGUCAACAUUACUAUCGAGAGGCACAAGUUUUUCACGAGGACGCAACAGGUUGGAGAAUCGAUGAGUAUGUCACAGCACUUAAAAAUCUAAGUUUUUCCUGUGAUUUUGAGACUGUUCGAGAAGAUUUAGUUAGAGACAUUUUUGUCUGCGGACUAAAUAAUAAUUGGUCUAACGUUAAGGAACGUCUCUUAAAUGAAGGCGCUAUCAAACUUGAAAAAGCCCUUGAUAUUGCCAAGGCCAUAGAAGUCACAAAAGAUCAUGCAAAACAAUUACAACAAAGUGAUUCCAGCAACGUAAUCAAUGUCAUGAAACGUUAUCCCGCUAAAAAACAACCUUAUAAUCCGACAAACCACUCGCCCAGCAACAACCACAAUUUAAAAAAAUCAAAGUCUAACACACAAUACAAUCAAAAGUCUAACAGUCAGUCAUCGUCACAAAAAAAUUGUUCCCGUUGUGGAGAGAUUCAUCGCUACCGAUGCCCUGCAAUUGGUAUAACUUGUAAUACAUGCAAGAGAAAGAAUCACUUCUCUAAAAUGUGCCGUUCUAAUAAAACAAAUUCUAAAAAUGUAUAUGUGCGCAACGUUGAUGCUGAUGAAGACAAUGAUGACGCCGACGAAUUGUUUUUGGGUUGUUUGGAGCAAAGCACAGCAACACCAAAAAACAGUUGGGUUAUCUCGCUAAAGACAAUGGAUCACGUCAUCGAUUGCCAAAUUGAUACCGGAGCACAAGCAAACGUCAUGUCGCUUACACAGUUUCAACAAAUACGCAGUUCUUCUACACAGUUAAAAUCAUCGUCUACUCGAAUAAUGACAUUUAGUGGAGAACCUUUACCUGUCAUCGGCUGCACAACUUUAGAGUGUCUAUACAAUAAUCAGCAGCAUUGGAUUCCAUUUCACAUUUUGGAUAUAAAUUGUCAUGCAGUUCUUGGAUUAUCAUCAUGCAUUAAUCUUAAGCUAAUAAACAAGGUUACUGCGGAUAUAUCUCCUUCCAUUGAUAGUCCUCGUAAAAUUCCGUUUGCUUUAAAAGAUUUAUUAAAAGAAGAGUUAGACCGUAUGGAAACUUUGAAAGUUAUUGAAAAAGUUGAAGAGCCAACUGAAUGGGUCAACUCGAUAGUUUUGGUCAAAAAAGCAAACGGAAAGUUAAGAAUUUGUCUCGAUCCAAGAAAUUUAAACAAAGCCCUUCUCCGAGCACAUUAUGUUUUUCCAAAUAUUGACGAGAUUAAAUCAAAGUUAAGCGGUUCAAAAUUUUUUACGACCUUAGACGCGAAUUCGGGUUUCUGGGUUAUUCCAUUAGACGAUGAGUCUUCCAAAUUGUGUACAUUUAUCACACCAUUUGGAAGAUAUCGUUUCUUACGUCUGCCUUUUGGAAUAAACGCAGCACCCGAGAUAUUUCAUGCUGAAAUGAUUAAACAUUUUAGUGAUAUCGAUGGUGUCGAAAUUUAUAUUGACGAUUUUUUUCUGCAUGCCCCUACAUUGGAAAAACAUAAUGUGAUUUUAAAAAAGGUUUUAGAACGUGCUCGAAAGAUUGGUCUUAAAUUCAAUAAAGAAAAAUCUAAAAUUUGUCUAAGUGAAGUCAAGUUCGUUGGUUAUAUUUUUAAUCAGCAUGGUGUCCGACCAGAUGACUCUAAAGUCGAAGCAAUUUGUAAAAUGUCCCGUCCUACGUCCGUCAGCGAAUUACAGCGAUUUUUGGGCAUGGUCACCUAUUUAGGUAGCGUUGUAAAAAAUUUGUCUGUUCAGAAUAGUAAUCUGCGUCAACUCUUGAAAAAAGAAGUAGCAUGGCACUGGAAUGAUGUCCAUGAAAAAGAAUUCAACAUGUUAAAGACACUUAUAUCAAACGCCCCCAUUUUGACUUUCUAUGACCCUAACAAAACUAUUGUUUUAUCCGUCGAUGCAUCAAAGGGUGCAGUAGGUGCAGUCAUUUCGCACAAUAAUAGCCCAAUUGCUUACGCAUCCGCAACUUUGACAUCAAGCCAGCAAAAUUACGCUCAAAUAGAGAAAGAGCUAUUUGCAAUUCUCUUUGGAUGUAUUAAAUUCCAUCAAUAUAUAUAUGGUAAACGAGUCGUUGUCGAGACUGAUCAUAAGCCUCUUAUCCCUUUGUUUGAUAAAGCAUUAUACAAAGUCCCUGCUCGACUUCAAAGGUUUAUGCUUCGGUUGCAGUCUUAUGAUUUGCAGGUUUUGUACAAACCUGGCAAAUACAUGUAUACAGCCGAUACGCUUUCCAGAGCCCCAUUAUCAGAAGAGACUUUAACUGAGUUUGACAAUGACUUGACACUUCAUUGUAACUUAUUAGUGUCCACUUUGGCUGUUUCGCGAGAAAAGUUACAAGAAAUCAAAGAAGCUACUAAUAAAGACGAAGUUUUGUCAAAGAAACUUUUAAUGAAGUGUAAAGAGUCAGGUUCUGAUCCAUAUGUGUCAUUACUGCACUAUAGGACAGUAGCUAAAGGUACUAUACCAUCGCCUUCAGAACUUCUUAUGUCCCGAAAACUUCGAACAAAAAUACCAUCCAUGUCUAAAAACUAUAAUUCAAAAGAAAUUAACUAUAAAAUGGUCGAAAAAGAACUAAAAUCAAAAAAUAAUAAAUCGAAAGCUCACUACGACAAAUCGUCGAAAUCUCUUGAACCUUUAAAAGAAGGACAAAAAGUUCUAUAUAAGCAAAAUCCUACGUCAAAUUGGACUUCUGGAAUAGUUACAGAAAAAUGUCAAGAACCUAGGUCGUAUAUAAUUGAAGACAAACAAGGCAGUACAUAUAGACGUAAUAGACAACACAUAAUUGAUACACACACAGAUAAAACAGUAGAUCCAGUAUCUGAAUUGACUCAGGAUACUGAAACUUCACCACAAGAUACAAAUUAUACCACUUCUUCAGAAGUGAAUCAAGACAUUGAACUGUUGCCUACGGAUAAAAAUCAUGCCUCUUCUUCAAACACAACUAGAUCUGGCAGGAAAACAGCUCCUCCAGAGAAAUUUACAUAUGACAAGGAUCAUAUUAAACAAUUGAUUUGCUGUUAA